GCAGAAAUUGGACUCGAAGCGACAGAGUGCCAGAUGGGCUCUGCACAAGCCAGGCAGAAGUGCAUCAGGAAGUGAGAAAGAAGAAGAGUCAAACUGCAGCAUGCCAGAUGUAGAAUCAGCCGUAGCGCCGUAGGGGACAGCUGUGAUUUGGAUGAAGAGCCUGCCUGGUUCUGUUUCGAUCCGAGCUGCUUUGCGGGUUUGGUGCCCGGAUCGAGACCUCUGCAGUGGGAGCAAUCAGCAAGCAGCGAGCUGGCAUCCACGCUUGGCUCUUCUCCAGCAGUGAGGAAUUGUACUGACAGCUGGCAAUGAUCCUGCAUCACCUUAUCACCUCAUAGCCACUGGAAAGAAUUGCUGAACUGGGAGCAGAAGCAGACUCCACAUUACCAUCCCUGCCAGAUGGCCACAGACCGGCAAUCCAAAGCAGUUCCAGCCAAGAGAGAUCUUGCCCAUCUACCUGCCAGCUGCAGAUGACAGGAAUGACCUGCCCGUGGCUUCUCAGAGGGGAACGACUUCCCUCAGCGCCCUUCUUUGUGCCUCCUUAGCCCAUCAACAGGCUCGGCCAUCUCAGCGAGACCAUCCCCUGAUCCAUGCUGGGCAUGUCAGCGUCCAGCACAUCCAAUACGUCCAAUACGUCUCAGACGUGCAAGGAUUACACCUUCAACCACCACCUGCUCAUGCCUGGCUACACCCUGAUAUUCAUCACAGGUCUGAUACUCAACGUGGUAGCCCUGUGGAUAUUCAUCCGAUACCUGCGCCUGAAGUCUGUAGUGAUGAUCUACAUGUUGAACCUGGCCAUAAGCGACCUCAGCUUCACGCUUCCUCUGCCCCUGCGACUCUACUACUAUUCCAACCACCACUGGCCCUUUGGCAGCAUCCUGUGCCAGGUCUCGGGCUCAGUCUUCCAGAUCAACAUGUACGGUAGCUGCCUCUUCCUCAUGUGCAUCAACCUGGAUCGCUACGUUGCCAUUGUUCACCCGCUUCGCUGGCGGCAUCUGCGGCGCCCCAAGGUGGCCAAGAUCCUCUGCUUCAUCGUCUGGGUUGUCAUCUUCACGGGCUCCAUCCCCACUGCCAUAGUCCACAAGCAAAACCACUGCGAAGUAAAAAACCAGACCAUUUACCUGUGCUUUGAAAGCUUUAGCGACAACAUGUGGCAAAACAACCUCUUCCCUCUGGUAAUCCUGGCUGAAAUCUUGGGGUUUCUCCUGCCUCUCAGCUCUGUGACGUACUGCUCAAUUCGGAUCUUUCAGGAGCUCUGCCAGACCAGCCAGACGAAGACCCUGCGACAGCAGAAGACUGUCCGUCUCCUCCUGGUCAAUCUGGUCAUCUUCAUCAUCUGCUUUGUGCCCUACAACACUACCCUGGCCGUUUAUGGGAUGAUAAAGGCCCGGGUGAUGAAGGUUGAGGAGGAAACCCAGGCCUCCGUGCGCCAAGCGUUAAUCGUAACGAUGAUGUUGGCCAGCAUGAACUGCACGCUGGACCCCCUGAUCUACUACUUCAGCACUGAGGGUUUCCGUAACACCUUCAAGAAAUUGCGGCGGGGACAAGCCUGGGACUCAGAGAUGGGAACGCUUAAGCAUCAGAUUGUGGAGAGUAAGUCAACCCGAGACCACGCUGUGUCUAAAGUAAAACUGUUCCCAGCUGCAAACUUUAUCCGUCCCAAUGAAUCCUCACCGUCACUUCCUACUGCAGUAUUUCUGAAUGGCCCCAUCGAGGACUCGGAAAUUUAAGCCCGGGAAGGCCACACCAUUGCAGAGUCACACCUGCAAUGGCUACAGCAAGCCCGUGGGAUACAGCAGACUGUUUGAGGGAGCACAGCAGACUGUCUGUGAGUGAGCGUGAUGGUGCAAAGCUGAAGGAUGAAAGGUUGCUUUGAAUAAACAGAGGUGCCUUAGUGACAUGGUCAUACCUGACUCUUUUGGUGCAGGAAACAGUGGGGAACAAGGAUUUGACACAAACUUAGCGCGUCUAGGUCCGGCCAGCAUGAAUUCCUAUAGCGAGUCCAUUCUUCUCUGAGUAGCUCCUGUCUGCACUGUAGCCGGAGGCAGUUCUGGGGAUGGUCAGAACACGGAUACGGUACUCACUGCUGACAGAGUGAAUUUACUAGCGGUGGCUGAGGAAAGCCUUUGACCAGAUGUUUCAAUUUGAGUCAUAGGUCCAGCUCAGGACACCUAAAUGAGUAUCUUAAUUUUCCGAAAGAACUGAAGCAUUUAGCAAGCUUUGUUGAGGUCAAGGAGAACAGCUGAGUUUUCAGUAAUCUUGCAGAAAAUAGGUUCCUAAUUGUAUAGAAAAUCACAGACCUUAGCAAAACAAUCCUCAGGAGUAUGUCAGAUGUGCAGCUGUACACACACACACGUGGCACAACGGCUAUACAUUUACCUAAAGCAAAAUGGCUUGGGAAACACUAGCACGCUUAAAAAAACUACAUUUCCAAUGGCCCCAGGAAAAAAGGAGAGGAUGCCAAUAUUGUCAUCGUGUCAGAAGCUCAUGCUGACGUUAGUGCUUUGCACCCUCUUGCUGCUGGCCCCUAUAUAGGAUGAUGGAUUUCAGGUCUGAGUGAUUUUCACUGUUGAAAAGAAAUGAUGUCACAGAAUGAGGCUGCGGUGAAAUGUAUUUGCUUGCACAGUUUGUACAUGCUUUUUCAGGCUGCACUGUAUGUGAAAGCCCUAUAAAUCUCCCCAGAAGUGCGAUCCAACUGUACACAGGCAGUGCCAGAAGGCCCAGUUUUUCACUCCCGCUGAUGGCCAAAGGUUGCCUUUCCAAUUGCACUGCAAAACAGCCUCUCUGUGGCUUCCAGCAGGUCUCAAGCUAUUCUGGAGGGGAUCCAUUACAGUGGUUUUGGUUUUUUUAAUGUAAAAGGGAAGGUCAGGGAAAGUGACAAGAAAUGCAGUCCAAAGUGCUAGGGUUUAUAGUUUUUAGACUUCUCAAUAAGCAAUAAAUCUGGUUUCAAGUUUCUACCUCAUGACCGCUGUGGGAAUAAAUGUAUUGUAAUACAUCACGGAUUUGUGUUAGGAGAUACCGGGUUUUAAACCCAUUUUUUCCAGUCUCCCUUGAAGACCCUUUUAUGAUCUCUUUUAUGAGAGAUGACUGCGAAAGCAGGUCUUCAAGAAGACCUGCAGAAGAUGAUGAGCCUCUCCACAGAGGCAUCCUUGUGUCACAGCCUGCCUGUGAGACAUACGCCCUAGGUGAGCCAGCUCUGUCCCCUUGCUCAGCCCAUGCAUCACCAGCAGAGCAGCCUUGAAAUCCAUUUGCAGAUGAAGAACUUUUAGUGGUGCCCAAGAGAGGCAGGGAGAGAGGUGGAAGAGGGCUUGUAGGGCAGUAGAUAAUUCUGUUUUAAAAACUCAGGACUGCCAUGAAUCGCUUUGUGACAUAGUGCAGCUGGAGAGGAAACAGAGCUGUGUGCAUCUCUUCUGCCUUUUGUUCUGGGAUUUAUGGGAUAACAGAGUGACAUUACAGUAGAUGCACUGCUGUCCAUUUUCAAACCUUACACCACCUUCCUCCUUCCUUGACCCCUUUCCUUGUCCCUGUCCCUCUGGUCCCUUCUCCUUUCCCCAGUCUAAUACGCCACGCACCUAAGCAUCAACAUAAUGCCUUCACAGCUAUGUUUUCUUCCCUACCCAGAGAAGUUACAUCUUUCUUUCCUUUUAACAUGGUUAGAGUGCUGUUAAAGGUUCACAGGAAGAUUUGGGUGGGAGGGGACCUCUGGAGGUCUCCACUGAGACUGCCUGCUCACAGCAGGUUGGUGGGGGCAGUAAGGGCUGGCAGCUCCCUAAAGGAAUAUAAGAGCUGAGAUUGUAACAAGGCAGGCAGAGGAAGAGGCUUAGCCAGCAAGGGAAAGCAUCUGAGCAAGGGGACAAAGGCAGGUAUGGGCAGAUAGGCAGGCUCAGCUGAGAAUCCAGAUCAUCAGACAAGCUUGUGGUGAUGAGGCAGGUCCAAGGUCAAAGUAAGAAUUUAAGUCACCAUCAGGAUCAGGUCUGGAGGCUUGAACCAGGGCGAGCCACAGUCCAGAGAUUACCUGACGAGUCCAUCAAGACAAGGCAUGUCUUGGGUCAAGCCAGGAAGCCUAUCCAUGGGUCUAGAUCCACAGAUUGCAUGGUCAGACAUGGGUCAGAGUCCUCAGGAGCCAAGGGCAAGAGCACCAGCCUAAAAGCAUCUCCUGGGACAGGGGGUCAGUUCUGGCUGAGGCUCCAGCAGAGCUUUCUGGAAACUCUCCCCAAAGUCCUCAGAGGGAAGAGGCUGCUCUCAGCUCCACUGCCUCCCCAAGCUCAUACAUCCAAAGCCCCAGGAGCAGAGAGGAUGUACUUGGGACCCCAAGGCAGUUCAGGUUUCUCAGAGCCUUGUCCAGGUGUCUUCUGAGCGCCUCCAAGGAUGGCAAUUCCUCAGCUUCCUGAGGUACCCACACCAGGGCUGAAGCGUGCCCUGGGGAGAGGCUUUUACUAAUGCUCACCAGGAUUGUUGCAAGUCAUGGCUGUUGUGCUUUCUCGGGGCCACUACGAGCAGAGCCUGGCUCUGCCUUCUCUUGGCAAGCUUGCCAAGUAUGAAUGAAAUGUCAGCUGGCAGAUGCCACUCCUUCGGAAGAGGCUGCUCCUCGGCUGAAGUUACAGUAUCCUCCACUACACACCGCUUCUCAAAAAGCACAUCAGAAAACACGAGCUUUUCUUGUAGCCUCAUUCCUGAAAAUAGUGGAACUAUUUUUACCUGGAGGAUUUCAUAAAUAUUCCACCUUCAGCAGAGGAAAUUUUAGCUCAAAUAUUUUGACUAAAUUAUAAAUAACUGCAAAGUUGAUCUCUUAAUGAAUUUUAUCAACAGGUUUAAAAAUAAAGAGGGCUGCUGGUCGUGUUACACGCAGCAGAAAAGUUCCUGACUUUGGGCUUCUGAAGGCUUUGCUUCAUUGUUACAUAUAGACAGUGGUGAGCCCACUGUGGGCUGUUGUGCUUUGUCCUCUGGGUAUUUUCAGCUUGCAUUAGUUUUGUUUUGGUUUUGAGGAGUCUAGUCAAGUGUAAUUGCUGUGGAUUGUAGAGAGGAUUUGGGAUAUUUUUCAUGUUUGACAGAGAGAACUGGUGUUAACUAAGUUUCUGCUUCCGCAUUUUUGCCUUGUAAGCUUCAGGAGUUGUUUUAUUCCAUCACAUGGUGAUAAGGAACAGCACACAUAUGUGCUGUCUCUUAGUGAAAUGAGUCAUUCAUCCUUAUCUUGCUUUAUGGCUUUUUUUUUUUUUUUUUUUUUUUUUAAUCAGUGUAUAAAAAAAGCCAGACAAACAAAUCUGAAAGUUCUAGGUUGAAAGCCUGUGUUUAGAAUAACAGGAGCUACGUGAAGCAAUGAUAUUUAAGAAGGGAAAGUUAAAUGGGAAUAUUAACUUAGCAAAGUCUUUUCAGCCUGUAUAGGUGACCCUCUACAUCCUACUGUGAUAAUUCUUGAAUUAGUAUUCUUGUUACGUAUGUCAGAGGUAAAAGGUGCCAUUCACUACUUCCCUGACUUUGUGUCAUUUGCAGAUGCGAACAUUAAACAAAUGUCUCCUCGUCAAGUAAGACUAAACAAGUGAAAGGUCAGAGAGAUGGCAAAGGCGCACAGAACACUUAUUCCGUACGGAUCAGACAGUAUCUGCAAACAUGUACAAAUACAUUAGGAUUUCAAGUCCUUUGGCUUCCAGAAUGGAUAUGUCCUACGCUUCUGGAAAUGGUUCCCUACUUG